ACAUUCACAGCCGUAUCAUCUAGCUCCAAUACAUAGUUUUUACCAGUGAUUGGAAAAUAAGUCUCCGUAGACGCGUUCUGCGGAUUUUUUUAAACUCAUGUCAGUCAUCAUCGCUUCUGAAAUAGACGAUCUGUGCGCGCGCAGUAUCUUGCCACGGCAACGUGACUUCAAGAGUGUGCAUGACAACCAGUUUUAAUUUACCCCAAGCAGUAACAGCGUUUUAUCUUCAUAAAUUGAACGCUAAUUUUUAACAUCUUUUCAUAUAACGCCCACGUUUGCUAUAGUCGUUGCUACACAACACAAACGUGUGUGGCGGUCAGUCAGCGACACGUGGAGCGAGAGGUCCACUUAUCGAAUGGGCCUCACACGCAUUGAGGAUUUGGGGUAAGGUGGACUCAAUAUUUCAGAUGUCAACCGGCAAGAUGAACCAGGAGGAGGUUUUGGCGAAGCUGAAGAAGGAUGUCCGUUCUUUGCUCAUUUCAUCAAAGAUGGGCUUAGAUGCCGAUCAGCUCAGGCGGGACUACAUCGCCAUGUUGGGUCAUCCAAUGCCCCUGAAACUUCUGGGCUUCAGACACGUCAUGGAAAUGGUGAAGGAGAUCCCUGACGUGGUGUCUGUUAACUUCAGGGUAGAUGGCAGCACGUUUUUAACCGCUGUCGGUGACGAAUCCACCCGAAUCAUUGAAGCGCUAGUAGCUAAACAGCGCAGGCCCAAGAAAACCACAGGACGAAGUGUCAUUUCCUUCUCGCCCCGCUACUGUCAGCGGCCCGCGGCUAUGGUCCUCCCCAGGAGAGGUCGUGCUCCUCCGUCUGUGCCUGCCCAGCUCAGGACACAGCUCCGCAUACUGCUCUCCCAGGGUCCGCUGAGGUUGUCUAGCCUGGAGGCCUGUUUCCUGCGUUGCUUCGGCCAGCCGCUGCGUGUCCACAACUAUGGCUUCUACUCCAUUGUGGAGAUGCUGGAGGCAGUGGCGGACCUAGUCCUUAUUCAGCAGGACAGGCUGGGAUCAGUUCUGAGCUUGAAGGAACACGUCGCGCUCCAACCGUCCGGCUACACAAGGACUUUACCCAUGAAGUCACAAUGGCCUAGACGUCCCAAUUUAGCCCCCAAAGUACCAGAAGCCAGGACUCAGACACCAACAGAACCAGUCCCAGUGAAGCAAAGUCCUCUGAACCAGCCGGCCCCUGAGACUCCCUUUGGUCCUGUGCACAAAGGGUCAAUUGAUUACAAGCCACAGAUAGUUGAGAAGAAGCAGGAAGAAAAAACAGAGCACUGUCAAGACGAUAAGAGCUUUCAGAGACGUGUCCUUGAGCUGCAGGAGGAGCUUUGCCAGAAAAUCGUGGAGAAUGGAGUCGCUGGCACCAUCAGUCCGGAGCUGAAGGACAAGCUGCGAGAGGUUGUAGGUCAGAGCAGUGGUGGAUUGUCGGUGCACGAUCUGCCUGCAGAGUACAAGAGGGUUUUUGGUGAGGAACUCCCACUGCAACAAAGCGGCUUCGUCAGUGUCACUGAACUGGUUGGUGCCAUGAGUAACACCUUCCACCUGAAACCUGUAGACAGUAAAAUUGGGCAACACUGGAUAGUCACCGACAUACGGGACUGUGGUGGUAAACAAUCAGACUCUGAGGGAACGGAGUGUGUUGAUGGCCGUCCAAAGCUGCCAUUCAUGAGCAGUAUGGACUCGGGCGAGUCUCCUUGGGAAGGCAAACUGGAAGAAGACCGUGAUAGUAUCACAGCUGACGAUGAGGAGCUGGAGACGAGUAACAAUUUCAAGACCUAUGAAAUGAUGCCUCAGAUGUACCCCGACAUUCAGGUGCAUUGCAGCUCUGGAGUGCCCCUGGACGCCGUGCAGAGUCAGCAUCUCAAACCGCCAACACGCCACAGUGCUCGAGAGCUGGUAGAAGUCCUGGUGGAACGGGUUGAGUCGCCGGGACUUUUCUACAUUCGCUUCAGCGAGAGUGAGGAGGCCCGCGCAAUGGAGGACAUGAUGAUUGAGAUGAGACAAUGCUACACAUGUCCUGAGGUGUCGAAGCGUUACCGCCUCCUUCGGCCAUUUGUGCGUGCAGGUCAAGUCUGCUGUGUGUCCCCCAAAGGAAUGUGGUUCUACCGGGUGGUGAUCCAUCAGAUCAUCAGCCCCACUGAGGUCCAGGUGUACUAUGUCGACUUUGGGGACAUGAUGGUUGUACAGACCGCCAUCCUCAUGUUCCUCAAGUCCUGUUAUGCAGUUCUUCCGGCUCAGGCUGUUCCGUCAUCACUCGCUGGAAUCAAACCCAGCACCGGCAGCUGGACUGCUGAGGCCGGGGCCUCGUUCCAGAAGCUGUGCUCCGAUCGCACCCUGGUCGGUGCUUUGGAUCGUUACACCGGAGAGGUGCUCCAGCUGUACCUGUGUGACACACAUACUGAUCAGGACCUCUACAUCCACGCUGUCCUGCUGAGCCAGGGCCACGGGGCAGCCUGCAGCCCCGCGGCCAGUGCAGCGCGGUGUGCCCUUGUCAGCCCAGUGAGUCUCUACCUGGGGAAGGGGAUGGUUGUCCUGCCUGAAAUAGAACUGAUCCCUUUUUCACCAAAGCCAGCAAAAAUGCUUCAACGCUCCUUAUCCUCUUCGCUGAAGGUUGAGGACGAAGAGCUGCCCGACCUGGAGUUUAUUGAGGACAACGAGGUCGCCCUCCAUCUCCAGGGUGUGAACGCCAACCCCUUCGGCGCUCUGCAAAAUGAUCAAACCUUCAGCUGCAGCGAAAUUGAUUGGACCUUAACCAACAAAUCGCCUCCAACCAACCCUUCAAGCCAUCUCGCCCCCCCAGAUUUGAUCCAGAUGAGACCAGCUCAUUGUAAAGCUGAUCUUAAAACACUGAGCGACACUCCUCCACAAAUUGCAGCCAGCGUCACUCCCAGCUCCUGCUCUCCAACACCAAAAGAGGAGCAGCACACAGUCGCUGCCCCCUCGAUCGUCAGGCCAAUUCAGAUUCUGAGGAACCUGUGCCUCCACACCCCUGACCUGAGCCGAGUCGAUGACUACACUAACGGUGUGUCAUUUCCUCCUUUCUGCCUGCAAAAGUCUGGCAUCCGGUUUCCUCUGUUCGGUGCCAGGUAAGUCAGACCAUUGACAUCCAACCAGAGCGUCAUCACCUCAUCAAACCACGAAGGAAGGAGCACUCGUUCAAAAGAUGAACACAACCACUCACACAAUAUUGGGAUUACGUUUUGAAAUAAUCUAGUCAGUGAGCACUUGAGUUAUUUACUGACUUGUAAAAAGUGAUGAAGGCAUUUUUGUAAAAGAUUGUGUUUUAAUCUAUUCUAGAUAAGUUGUGUUGUAUUUUAAGUUCUGUUUAUUAGUUUGAUAUUAUUAAUUGUACUACUUUCCAAAGAGUUUAAACUUGGAAGACAGGAAAUGGAUGGCUGAUCGUGAAUAGAUUUGUGAAUUCUUUUUGUUAAUACAAAAAACGUUGUUGUUUUUUUUUUAAGAGUUGAAUCACUUUCGAAGAAGCCAUCAAGGUGUCUGCCAUAUGUUACGUAGUUUCCGAUUUACGGAUACUAAUACAGUUGUUCUGGACAAAGUUAAAAUGUCAAAAUACUGUUCAUAUUAACAUUACAAAAUGUAAUUAAUGUAAUUUUAUUUUUUGAAAAUAAAUAUUAUUUGAUCAAAUGUUUUCGUAACGGUUUUACUUGUCUCAGAAUAAAUUGUAAGUUGGUAUCAAACUUUUUAACCUUUGAGAUUUUUGUAAAAAAAAUGGAUCUCCAAAUCGUUUUGUGACUUCAUCCCUCAUCCUCGAUUCUAUCUGCUUCACCAUGACGAUGUCAACAUGACCCCCCUCAUCCGGAGUCCCUUCUCUUGUUUUUGUGGUGUUGUUUUCCCAAUGA